CACAUGGGCCGCCAUCCAACUGAAAUUUAUGAACAAGUGGGACAUGUCGCUAUGUCUUGGAUAGGGGCGUUCCGGCCGUGUCCAAGCCAGCUAGUCAUGGUGCAGCAGGUCCGCCACAUUACACUCACAGAAUUCAGCCGCCUUGCACGAAUGAGGCACGUUAAUAUUGCACGUCCGAUCGAGAUUUACUACGUGGGUUCGGAAAUCCAUCUUGUGUAUGAACACGUAGAUCUCGACGUCUUCGAUAUUUUGCCCCUGGCUCAGAACGAGAUUGCUGCUGUAAUAUCCCAGGUGAUGACUGCAAUCCACUACCUCAUUCACCUUUUUGCCUUUCGUAUAGAUGCAAUUCGAAUAUCUUCCCAAGGUGUUGUCAAAAUGGUUCUGGAUUGGAAUUUCGAACCAACCACAGAUUCCUGCAUCCGAGAAGCCAACGUCGCAUAUCUGGCCGCGCACUUGGGUGAAACAAUGACUGCAAUGGAGCCCAACUUUCACAAUUGGACUCGCGAUGCCUUGGCUUUUCUUAGCGAGCUUAGGUCUGGUGACCUGCCG